AUGGCUUCCCUAAACCUCCUCCCCGAAGACCUCAAACACCUCGACCUCCUCCGCAACCGCUUCGCGACCCUAUCUCUCAACCUCUCCAACGCCCACCGCAACAUGGCGCUCACCUACCCCCUCCCCUCCCAAGAAUCCCUCCAGGCCUCAGCAGCAAUAAUCCACACCUCGCUGCUAUCCCUCCAGUCGAUCCUAACCGACAAGUCAGCCUUGUUCCACCGCAUCGCUGUCCACCCGUCUACCAACUUCCCCGGGCGCACCCAGCUAGACUUUUUGUCAUCGAUGCUAAGAAAAAAACCGGAACCGGAGAUCGAGACGAAAAUGGAGAUGGGGAUGCAGAGGGCGAGGGAUGUGGGGGUUGAUGAGGCGGUGUUGGCAGAGAUUGCUAGGCGGAACAAGAGACGGGAAGGGGGGGAUGAUGAGGAUUAUGAGGAGGGGGGUGGUGGUGGUGGGGGUGGGGAUGGGGACGAGGGGGAGGAUGAGGAGGCGAAUAAUGAGAAGUGGGCGGAUUGCUGGUUUUUGUUUGAUAGGGGGUUGAAGGAGUAUAUUAAUGUGCAGGAGGGGAGGAGUUAUACUGUGGAGGAGCAGGAGAUGGGGGUUGAGAGGGUGAGGACGGGGUUGAGGAGGAAUUUGUUGGAGGAGGAGGAGGAGGAGGAGGAGAGUGAUGAUGAGGAAGAGGAUGAAGAUGAAGAAGAGGAUGAGGAUUUAGUUAUGAUGGAUGGGAGUAGUGGGGGGAGGGGAGGGUUGGGACAGCAGGGGGUUGUGCAGCAGGUGAGUGGAAAUACGGGUGUGCAGCCAGAGCACUUGUUUUGGUUGUAUGCUAGGGGCAGGACAGAUCUACCGCCGAGGAUAGAGCUCGAGUCCAAGAGGGCGCCUGCGAAAGGGCAGGUGAAGAGACUUCCUCCUAGGUAGUGGGUGUGUUUCUCUGCUCUUGGUUUUGGGAAAGGGGCGGCCGUUUAUAUAUUCAUCUAGCAUAGCGGGGAAUGGGACAUGGUGUUUUGGCGACAGGUGCGUGGCUUUGAUGGCUGAUGGCUGUGGCUCUGAACGCCCCUUUCGAGCAGGAAGGUUUCUUCCUCCUGAGGUUAAGUCGGGUGUGGACUGGUCAUGAUAAUCAAAGGAAAAUACCCAACUUCGAAGUCGUGCAAUUGCUCUUCAACAAGACUUCAGUGCUUCGCAGGAGGAUUGUCAUGUCAUAGAAGCAGUAUGCACAACUAAUACAUGGGAAUAUAAUAAUUUGCCUACCCAAUGUAAG